AUGUCCCUUUCACCUCUUGAAAAAGCCGCCUCAGGCGCCAUGGCCUCGGUGAUAGCCAACACUUUGGUGUAUCCAUUGGAUUUGAGCAAAACAAUCAUUCAAACUCAGGUGAAGAAGCACGAAAAGAAGAACCCCGGAGAUGAGUCUGAUACCGGAUUUAGCAGCUCCACCUCGGUCAAUGGAGAGGACUCGGUGUACAAGCAGAAGGCCAGCAAAGGCCAGCUCAAGUACAAAAACACUGCGGACGUGUUGAAGAAAAUUUAUGAGAAGAAGGGCAUUUUGGGCUGGUACCACGGCCUCUUGUCGUCAAUUUUGGGUACUGCAGCACAGAACUUCUCCUACUUUUACUGGUACUCGAUUGUCAAGCGUGUGUACGCUCAAUUGACCAAGAGACCCACCAAUGCCAAGCACUCUACCCCUACAGAGUUGUUUUUGGGUGCGUUGGCAGCAGCCAUUUCGCAGCUCUUUACGAUGCCAAUUGGUGUCAUCACCACCCAACAGCAGACCGAUAAGCAACAUAGAAGCUUGCUUCAGUUGGCCAAGGAGAUCUAUGUGCACGAUGGCAUUUGUGGCUACUGGAAAGGCUUGAGCGUUUCGUUGGUGUUGUGCAUCAACCCAAGUAUCACUUACGGUUCCUAUGAGAGAUUGAAGCAGGUGUUGUUCAACAACAAGCAGUUCUUGGGCCCUUUGGAGUCUUUCAGUUUGGGAAUGUUGGCCAAAUCGUUGGCUACCCUUGCCACGCAGCCUCUCAUUGUGUCUAAGGCCAUGCUCCAGAAGAAGCUGCAGACCCCACAAGGCGGCAAAGCCGGCAAGCUUCCUAAUGGCAAGAUCGUGGUGCAGAGCCACCCAGACGAUGAAGAAGACAUCAAAUUUGACAGUUUCAUCCAUGCAUUGACCCACUUGUGGACAACCGAGAGGCUUAGAGGAUUGUACAAAGGUGUGGCCCCUCAAUUGCUCAAGGGUGUGAUUGUGCAAGGGUUGUUGUUCAUGUUCAAGGACCAACUUGACAUGCUUUUCUUAUUUAUCUUGAAGGCGCUCAAGUCAAGAAAAGCAAAGCUUUUGGCCAAGGCCGCUCUUAAGUGA